CUCGCAAUCGGGCUUCCGUUGCCGAAUUCCAGGGUCACGCAUUGCCUGCCAGACAUUACUGCCAGCGCUGUCUGGACGUUUUUUGGACAGAUCCGGGCAAAAAAACAACUCAAGACUUUCGAAAAACAACAGAAUGGAUUUCGGCGAUAAGGUCGAUGGAGUACUAACUAGGAAGACCGCUUUUUACUGAAUGGACAGGACCGGUCGGUCGGCAGAAAGACCGGUCUGAGCUUACCGUUUUAAUUAGAAACUCAACCCAAAAAAGUAGGACGUCAGCACUAAAGUUUUACUGGGUCACGGGAAUGGGCUUAUUGGACGCCCGUUACUUCCCUAAAAAGUAAGUUCCUCUAUCCUCUGACUCACAAACACAGACCGAGAAGCACCCGGCGUUUGUGUUAGUCACGAUCCACGUCCCGGAGCAAUACCUGAGGCGCCCCGCGGCUGGCUGUCAGGUGAUAGGUGUGGCGCUGGGUGGGACCGCUUUGUUCUGCCCUUACCUGCGGACGCGUGCUCGUGUGUGUGCACGUUGUUUUCUUGCUGAGAACUUCUUGCAGGAGUCUCCGCUGUAACAGACACCGACUGUCCCACAAAGGCAGCGUUAACGCGGGGUGAGAAGAAGGAUCGGGGGGAAUCGCCCGGCCAGGAACAAAAACUCGCCAUGUGGAAUAAUGUGACGUGAAUCUACAUCCAGAACCUGGAUUAAUGGCAGCCGAUAAAGGUUUUAUCCCGGUGUUUAUUGUACAUUUAUUGACAUUGGGUCACGGAUAGAUAUUAUCAACUGUGAAUUGAACUGCUCGGGCGCUCGGUUGUCAUGGCGUUGUCACAGGUCCAGUGUCUGGACAACCAGAACGUCAACUCACGCGUCAGCGAGAGCAAGCCGGAGUUCUUCUACAGCGAGGACCAGAGACUGGCGCUGGAAGCCCUCAUCUCCUCGGGCCGAGAUGGUUUUAUGGACUCCGUCCACGAGAAGGGCAUCCGGGAGUUCCUCUCAGAGCCGGAGCUCGAAUGGCUCGCGCGCACAGCCGAGGCCUACCGUCCCGGGUUCGAACAUCCCCUGCAAAAGGCCGAGGUGGCCGCCGGACCUGGGAACCUCACCCCGGGGUCCGUGGACGACGCGCUAUCUCUGCAGUACUGGCCGGACCUGUCCGAGGCCUCGGUGGCCGAGCUGGAUCUGGGCUGGCCCGAUUCGAUCAACUACCGUGGGAUCACGCGCGUGGCCGUGCACACGCAACCCCCGAUCGAGGGACACACGCACAUCAAGGAGGUGGUGCGCAAAACGAUUGCAGCGGCCUCGAAGGUGAUUGCUGUGGUGAUGGAUGCGUUCACAGACGUGGAUAUCUUCCGGGACAUGUUGGACGCCAGCUUCAAGCGUAAAAUCCCUGUUUACAUCAUCCUCGACCACGCAGCCGUCCCCAGUUUCCUGGCCAUGUGCAGCCGAGCUGAUAUGCAUCGUGGGCACCUAAAGAACCUGCGUGUGCGUUGCUGCGGCGGCGUGGAGUUCCACACCCGCGUGGCCCAGAAGGUGUGCGGCUCUCUGAACCAGCGUUUCCUCCUGGUGGACGGGGACAGAGCCAUCUCGGGCUCCUACAGCUACACAUGGCUGUCCUCCCGACUGGACCGUAACCUCAUCACCGUGAUCACCGGCCAGGUGGUGGAGACCUUUGACCAGCAGUUCCGCGACCUCUACCUGACCUCCAGGGGGGUCUCCCUCAGCAAGGUCCCCUUCGGAGAGGAACCCGCCCCCGACCCGGUCCUCUACUCGGCCCCGGUGCCCGUCUCCGCCGCGGUGGCCCGCAAGCUCAUCAACCCCAAGUACGCCCUGGUGACCGGCGGCAAGCACGCCAGCCCCGGCUCCUCCAACCAGAACUCCAGCAACAAGACGGCCUCCAAGAACCCCUUGGGGCUGAUCAUGCCGAAGGGGCGCAUCAGGGAGGAGGUGGAGGCCCCCCCGCUGCACCCCGGACUGGCCCACCUGGAGAAGGCCUACAUGAUCAACUACCUGCCCACCUGGCCCGAGCCGGACCCGCCCCGCGACGUGAUCGGCUUCAUCAACAUCCGGGACGACAAGCGGGCCCACCAGGUGCAUCUGCAGCGGUCCGAGAUGUUCGAGACCAGCCAGGCCAUACGCUUCAGCUCGCCCUUCAGCCCCAACCCCGAGCCCGAGCUGGCGGCCCCGGCCGUGCCCCGCACGGACCUGGGGCCCUUUCAGACUCAUGACGUCCCCGCUGCCCCGACGGAGCCUGGCGUGCGGCCCGACCCGGAGCCCGCCGAUCAGAUAGAUGCCGUCGCGCCGCCCCCCGCGGACACCGUCCCGCCCCGAGGAAAGCCCCCGUCCAGGGACCCUUCGCCCCCGAGGGCAUCGGAAACCGAGGACCGUUUGUCGUCGAUAGAGGCCUCCGAACCGGCCGCGGAGGUGCCCACGGACGCCGCUGCGGUGACGGACCCUGUCCCCAAACCGCGGACGCUGCAGCUGGUCAUAGAGCAGCCCCACCCCUCGGCGCCGUCCAGCCAGCCCCAGAUCAGCCUGGUGAGGAAGAUCCACAUACCGGAGAUCAACGCGCAGCGGGCGGCGCACGAGUCGUCGGCGGGAGCCCGCGGCCGCCUCGUGUCCCACCGCGGGGAGGGGGACAGCGCCGACGGCAGCCAGGACAGCACCGAGGUGAUGUGCGACGACCCGCCCGCCCACGAGAACCCCUCCAGCGUCUCCACCGCGUCGGAGGGGGAGGAGUUCUACGAGUGCAACCCGUCGGAGCCCCGCGACGGCCUGACCAACGGCGGCACCACGGGGUCCGGCCACGGCGGCCGCCACGGCGACGGGCUCAACGUCAUGGCCCGCUUCUCCCAGAGCAUGCUGGACCUGCGUCCUCCCAGCGAGCAGGGGGACGGGCGCUCCCUGAUUCAGCAGUCGCAGCUGCUCCGCAGGGGGUCGCAGCAGCCCCCCGGCAGACACAUAGGGCAGUUGUUCCAGUACUCAAGGUCACCAGGUCGGGGGCCAAAGGUCAUCGUGGCCAAACCAGGAAGCCACCACAGGCCGGGAAACUCCUCGACCCGUGUGAUUGGAGGGCAUCGUUACUGGCAGGGUCUAGGGCAGCAAAUGCAUGUGGACAGUGACUGCGCGCGAGCAAGCCGGUCGCCACGACGACACAGCCCCGGCUACAGGAAGGAAGGCAACGCCGGCUCAACGGCGCAGCCGACGCCUUCCAACCCCACUGGGUUUCUGGGGGUUUCCUUCUCAAAGCUGGGACACCUGAAACACCUGAAGACGCGGGCCGGAGGGGUCCAGAAAAAGGCCUCUUAUAGCUAGAGCGAGGUCCAGAAGGAAGCCCCUCAUAGUUAGAGCAAGGGCCAGCUCCAGGGGACGCAUGAUAUCAUCGCCGGGAUCAAUCUCGGAUUGAAUGUGAAUGAAUUUGACUUUAAGGACACGGUGACUCAAUCAAUAUUAUUACAUAGGAGGAUCUUAUCUGUCUCUGGGCGUGUGGUUGUAAGCAUGCGAUGCAAACGUGUCAAUAGUUACUGAACCAUGGCCGUGGUUGUUAACACAGAACCAGGAAACCUGUUUAUUAUUUGCUUGAUGUUGAUUGGUUACUGGAGCUAUAGAGGCUGGGUUAUUCAAACUGCCUCUGAACUCAUGUUGUGUGUUGACUUGACGCGUGUCUAAUCACAUCGACCUGGCAGAAUGAAAAAAAAAAAACAUGUUGACAGGGGGGAGGGGGACAAAGAGUGAACAUACUGUACUGUAAAUAAAAACAUGCCAUUGUUAA